AUGGGCACAGAGAGAGAGAGAGAGAGAGAGAGAGAGAGAGAGAGAGAGAGAGAGAGAGAGAGAGAGAGAGAGAAGAUAUGCAAUUAG